CUCAUCCUCGUGCAGCGCCGUCCGUUAGCGCGAGCGUCAUUCACGAGGCAGCGCUGUCCGUGGCCAGUGGUGCUGAAACUCCUGGCGGGAAUCAGACCCUUUAACGGUUCUACUUCUCCUCAGGGUGAAUUAUAAAGUGACAUGGUUUUAAGUGAGACUUCCAACGACAUAGUUUGAACCCAAUUUGGACGGAACUUCGGAAGGUUUACCACUUUUACGCACGGAGCGCGUCAAACCUUUACCCGGUUCCAGGAGCCCACUCGGCCGCGAGGGAGAAGAACGAUGGCGUUCAUGGUUAAGAGCAUGGUGGGGGGGCAGCUGAAGACCCUGACCGGCGGGCUGACGGAGGAGAAGGCGGAAGGGGGGGAGAAGACCGAAGCCGCCGCUCAGGGCAUGACGCAGGAGGAGUUCGAGCAGUACCAGCAACAGUUGGAGGAAGAGAAGCAGGAGCGGGAGGCGAAUUUUGCCCAGAAGAAAGCGGAGCGAGCCACGGUCCGCAGCCACUUCAGGGACAAGUACCGGCUACCCAAGAACGAGCUGGAUGAGACUCAGAUCCAGCAGGCCGGGGACGACGUGGAGUUGCCCACAGAGCUGGCCAAGAUGAUCGCCCAGGACAACCAGGAGGAGGAGAGCAAGACGUCGGUGUUGGGCCAGCUGACCAGCAUCCAGAACGUGGACAUGGACCAGCUCAAGGACAAGGCCCAGGCCACACUGGAGGACCUCAAGAAGCAGACAGAGAACUGCAGCCUGAUGUGAUCCAGACCCAGUCUACACUUUCUCUCUUGCUCUCUAUCUCUAGACUCUCUCUCUCCAUCUCUAGGCUCUCUCUCCUUCGCUCUGUCUCUCUCUAGACUCCCUCUCUCUCUCUCUCUCU